GACUUCGGGCGUGGAUUGUGCGCACGUUUGCUUGACUAUCCUUCUGCCUGCUUAAUCACGCUUCGCAUAAAAUUUAAGUAUAUUUCCAAUAGUUUUCACUCUUUUGCACAAUAGUUGACUUCAUUUACCGCGUGUUUAAUCAUUAUUUUUCUUACAGCUGUAGGGCAGUUUGAGAUUUAUUUCGUUUUUAUUCUCACGUACCAUAUAAUAUUUUAACGCAAGCUUCAAUAAUAAUUGCAAUAUAUUUCGUUCGAUUAAUUAAUUUUAUCUUCCUUUAAACUUCACAAUGGACAAUUUAAAAACACUAAAGAAAAGCCGAGCCAGCUUCAAAGCAAAGCUGACUGUUUUCAAAGAUUAUUUAAAUGCUUUGCUACCUAGCAGUGAGCUUAAUAGCAUACAAAUGCAUGAGCUUACUAUGCGACAUGCCAAAAUGUCAGAAAUGUAUAACGAUUUCGAUUCCAUACAAAACGAUAUAGAAAGCUUGACGGAAAUUCCAGAUGAGGAGUACGCAGAGCGGACUUCGUUCGGGGCCCGGUACUUCGGCGCCAUGGCUGCUGCGCAAGACCUGCUCAGCAAGCAUGCCGCGCCCGCCGGACCUGCCUCUGCGGUGCACGACAGCGGAUCGAUGGCGGGAUCAGAAACUCGACCACUUACGACGCUCUCCAAAUACAUGAGGGUGCAACAGCUCAAGGCUCAUUUUUGGAAAAGAUACUCAAAAGAAUACAUUUCAGAGCUCCAGUCCCGCAGCAAGUGGCGCGCUCAGGGUGCGCAUCCACAGCUGGGCGAGAUGGUCGUCAUCAAGGAUGACCGCCUACCACCAUACCGAUGGCUGCUCGGACGAGUCACAGCCGUCCACCCGGGCAGCGACGGCGUCAACCGCGUCGCCGACGUCCUCACCACUACGGGGACCCUACGCAGAGCAUACAAUCGGCUCUGCCCACUUCCAUCAACAUUGGAUCAGGCAGCUCCUGACCCAAGGGGGGCAGCCUGUUAA